AUGAAGCGAGGUUGGGGUGAUUUACCUUCGGAACUAUUGCUGCUUAUUAUGUCAUAUAUGGAGGCUAAAGAUCUCGCUCGUUUAGCCGAUGUUAACUACCAUUGGAGGCGUGUAAGCGAAGAUGACACACUAUGGAAACCACUGCUGAUACGAGACUAUGAACUUCCGAAAUCGACAAAAAUUAAGAACAAUCGUUCUUGGAUAGACGAAUAUAAAACGUUAAAGUUUGAAUCGCCAGUGAUGCUUUGUGAAGACCUUCGCGACUGCGCUCUCGGUGUUGUAGAUGUCUCUUUCUCACCAGAUGGUCGCUUCUUUUGUACUACUGCUAUGGAUGCCUCUUUUAAGAUAUGGACUGCAACUACUCCAACAUAUCUUUUACAUGAACGUUGCCUCAGUGAAAGUCUUGACUGGAAACAAGCCUUAUAUUCGCAGUUUAGUCCAGAUAGCAAAAGGCUGUUAGUGUGCGGUUUGAAGAAUAGUGAACGAGGUGAAGUCGCGGUAUUCUCCGUGAAUGAUGAGGAAUGCGAAGUCCAUUCUGUCUGUCGAGCGCCUAAUAAUCCAAGUGAUUUUACAUGCUGCUGUUUAGCAACCUUUUUGAGUGCUUCGUUCUUAAAAUUAGGUUCUACAAUGCUAGGUGUUAAUGUUGGCAAGAGUAAUGGAACUUUUCUGACAAAUGAUAACAGUAAAAUAAACUUUAGUUCAGUUAUUGGUUCAUCUACGACCCAGAUCUUUCUUUGCUCUGCAGUGUCUCCUUGGGACCAUGUUAACGAAGCCUUUUUAUGUCCUAUUUUAAGGCUUUUGAAUCGGCAUGGCGGUCUUUGUCGACUAACUGCCUUAGGACGGUACAUUCCUCCACGACUUCGUGGAGUUGUACUACUUGCAGAAGAGGCACGAGCUGAAAACAAAACACUUACAGUGAAAGCAGGAGAACUUGCACAAAAUGUAAGAGAAGGAGCUACUAAAGAAGAAGUACGUAAUGAACUGAGGAGAAGAUUGGAAGAGCUGUCGGCCACUUCUGAAUGUAGUUGUAUUGCUUGCAUGGACAGCCAUGAGAAAUCAGCUACUGAAAGAGAGAUACCUUUAUGCUACUGUGGUUGCCAUCGAGAUGAUGACCGGCUACUGAUUCAUGCUUAUGGUGAAACAGACUCAACUCCUCCACGUGCUAUUGCUUUUAAAAUAGUCAGUGGGGAAAUGGUAGCUCGAGCUGCUAGGCACAGAUGUAGUAUUGAUCAGGAAGACAGGGCAGAGAGAACUAGAGAAUCAAGACAAGAUGCUGAUGAUAUUGAGGAUCAGCUGUCAUCUAUACUGGCAUUAUUUGAUCUUCCGGACUAUGUUAUUGAUAUGCAAGCCUAUGUAAUGGGUCUUACGUUAAGCCUUAAUCACAAGUUUCUUUUUGUGAACAUGGUUCACGGUCGUUAUGACCCAGAAAGAACUUUCAGCUGUGUUGGUGAAGUUCGUCAGAUAAACCUUGAAUCUCUGUCAUUUGACGGUUCUUAUUUUGGGCAUUUUGCUCGUUUUACUGACCGCUUCCAGUGUUCACUUGGCGGACAUUAUUUAGCCAGCCCUUCACUGGGAGGAGCUCGUGUUUGGUCCAGAGAUUAUAACUGUUUAAUAGCGAAACUUGAUCAUACCCACGGGGCUAGUGCAGUAGCAGUCGAGCCAAUUAAUGGCGAAAUGGUUGUAACAGCAGAUCGUACGGACGGGAAAAUCAGAAUAUGGAGAAGUAAAAAGUUUCUUAAAAAACUUGCUGCAAGAAAAGUUUGGGGCUGA